CCCCGCCGCGCCUCGAUGGCUCUGGUCACGGUGCAGCGCUCGCCAACCCCCAGCGCCACCUCCAGCCCCUGCGCCUCGGAGGCAGACAGUGGGGAAGAAGAAUGCCGGUCCCAGCCCAGAAGCAUCAGCGAAAGCUUCCUCACGGUGAAAGGAGCGGCGCUCUUCCUGCCCCGAGGGAACGGCUCCUCCACUCCCAGGAUCAGCCACAGGCGCAACAAGCAUGCAGGGGAUCUCCAGCAACACCUGCAGGCCAUGUUCAUACUGCUCCGCCCAGAAGACAACAUCAGACUGGCUGUAAGACUGGAAAGCACGUACCAGAACCGCACACGAUACAUGGUGGUAGUGUCUACCAACGGCAGGCAAGACACAGAGGAGAGCAUCGUCCUAGGGAUGGAUUUCUCUUCUAACGACAGUAGCACUUGUACAAUGGGUUUGGUGCUGCCGCUGUGGAGUGACACCUUGAUCCACCUGGAUGGCGAUGGUGGGUUCAGCGUAUCAACAGAUAACAGGGUUCACAUAUUCAAGCCAGUGUCUGUACAGGCGAUGUGGUCUGCUCUGCAGAGUUUACAUAAGGCUUGCGAAGUGGCGCGAAGCAACAAUUACUACCCGGGGAGCCUCUUCCUCACGUGGGUCAGUUACUAUGAGAGCCACAUCAACUCGGACCAGUCGUCGGUCAACGAGUGGAAUGCUAUGCAAGAUGUGCAGUCCCACCGGCCCGACUCGCCCGCCCUCUUCACAGAUAUCCCAACUGAGCGGGAACGCACGGAACGGCUAAUAAAGACCAAGUUAAGGGAGAUCAUGAUGCAGAAAGAUUUGGAGAACAUCACAUCCAAAGAGAUACGCACUGAGCUGGAGAUGCAGAUGGUGUGCAACCUGCGGGAGUUCAAAGAGUUCAUAGACAAUGAAAUGAUAGUGAUCCUCGGGCAGAUGGACAGCCCCACUCAGAUAUUUGAUCAUGUCUUUUUGGGCUCUGAAUGGAACGCCUCCAACUUGGAAGACUUGCAGAACAGAGGGGUGCGGUAUAUUUUGAAUGUGACUCGAGAAAUAGAUAACUUCUUCCCGGGCCUAUUUGAGUACCAUAAUAUUCGGGUGUAUGAUGAAGAAGCAACAGAUCUUUUGGCUUACUGGAAUGACACCUACAAAUUCAUCUCCAAGGCAAAGAAAAAUGGUUCGAAGUGCCUGGUGCACUGCAAGAUGGGAGUGAGCCGCUCAGCAUCCACGGUCAUCGCCUACGCCAUGAAGGAGUACGGCUGGAACCUGGACAGGGCCUACGACUACGUGAAGGAGCGGCGCACCGUCACCAAGCCCAACCCCAGCUUCAUGCGGCAGCUGGAGGAAUACCAAGGGAUCCUGCUGGCCAGCAAACAGCGACAUAACAAACUGUGGCGCUCACACUCAGACAGCGACCUCUCAGACCAUCACGAGCCCAUCUGCAAGUCCGGGCUGGAGCUGAACAAAAAGGAGAUCACCAGCUCGGCCGACCAGAUCUCGGAGGCCAAGACCAAUGACAACCAGCAGCCGAUGUCUCCCAUCUACUCGGCUGAGCUGGACAGGGAGCAGCAGCUCCCUGAGGAUGCGAACAUGAUCGAGGAGACGUGCGUGAAGGAGAGGAGGAUCCACCUGGAGUUCACGUGUAGAGACUUCCACGCUGAGCAGAUGGAGGACAAGCUGAACCUGAACAACAUCAAUGGCUGUACGGCAGGGUGCUGUGUAGAUUCUGUCCCCACUGAUAACUGCCAUGCUUCCGAGGCCUUAAUGCAGCUCCAGCGCCCCUUGGAAAUAACAGAGUUUCCGGAUUUGACGGUGGACGACCUAGAAAAAGAUGCCCUUAAACCUGAUAUGAACGUGCACUUGGUUCCCAUGGAAGAAUUCACUUCGUGCUUAAAAGAGUUCCCCCAGUCCCCAAACCAGAAUUCCCUGAGUCCCCAGCAGAACGCCCAGCCCGAAGUGACAGACCUCAGCACAGACAGGAUUGAUUUCUUCAGCGCUUUAGAGAAAUUUGUGGAGCUUUCUCAGGAGAGCAGGUCACGCACCUGCUCCCACUCCAGGACAGAGGAGCAAGGGAGUGGAAGGAACGGGGUCUCCAGGGUGCCCGCGCUGGAAGUUCCCCCAACUGCAGACGUGGGUGCAGAUGCUCGGAGGAACAGCUCUGGAAAUUCCCCUCAGGCAUCCGAUGACUCUUCCACAGAUGAAGAGCAACAAAAGGAGGUCCCCGAGCUGCCUGGCGCAGGCCAUCUCACGCAGUCCCACUCAGAAAACGCGAUUUCUGUGAAGGAAAUCAUCACAGAGAUCGAGUCCAUCAACCAGGGAGCAGCACCUGCCCAGCAGAAGGAGGCUUCAGCCAACGCCACCCAGACACCAAAAAGGAACACGGUGCACGACCUGCCGGUGGAGGCAGUUUGGGCGUCGGAAAAGGUGGAACAGAGCGAGGGAGCCUGCGCUGGACACCAGGAGAAGGAGAGGGACCCUCUGCAAGCUGAGCGAGACGCUGCCCCCUCACCGCAGCCCUCUUCCUGUAAGUCUGACCUGGAGGAGAGCAGCCCUGCGGGGGAGCAGCAGAGCGCCAACACGGAGCCCAAGUGGUGCCCCGGCUCCGUCCGGCGAGCCACCUUGGAGUUCGAGGAGCGCUUGAGGCAGGAGCAGGAGCACCAGCACGUGCCUCCGGUCUGCAUCUUGCCGACCCGCAAGAAUUCCAGGAACGACUCCGCUUCUGCCGAGCUCCUGCCGCGGGGGAAGACGGAGGAGCCGCCCCUGGAGCUGGCUCCAGAGGAC